CUUUGACGUCGCAGCGGUUUAAACUCGUUUCCGCCGCUUCUUGUUUCACUAUGUGACUCCUGAGAGGAGGAAAACUCAGCAGAAGGUGUUAUGAACAGCUAUGAGGUCAUCUGUCAGAUUGGGGAGGGUGCGUUUGGUAAAGCCUUCCUGGUUCAGGACAGAAAGGCGGGUGGAGACAAACAGUGUGUCGUCAAACAGAUCGACCUCAGAAAGAUGUCGGCGAGAGAAAAGGAAGCAUCCAAGAAAGAAGUGACGCUGCUGUCCACGAUGAAACACCCCAACAUCGUCUCCUUCAUCACCUCCUUUCAAGAGGGGGGCAGCCUGUACAUCGUGAUGGAGUACUGUGACGGAGGAGAUCUGAUGAAGAGGAUCACCCUGCAGAGAGGAGUCUUCUUCACUGAGCAGCAGGUGGUGGACUGGUUCGUUCAGAUCUGCCUCGGCCUCAAACACAUCCACGACCGGAAGAUCCUCCACAGAGACAUCAAAUGUCAGAAUAUCUUCCUCACCAACGGAGGGAUGAAAGCGAAGCUGGGGGACUUUGGAAUCGCAAGAAUGUUGAAUAACACCAUGGAGCUGGCCAGGACUUGUGUUGGGACUCCGUACUACCUCUCCCCGGAGAUCUGUGAGAGUCGACCCUACAACAACAAGACGGAUAUCUGGUCUCUGGGCUGCGUCCUGUAUGAACUCUGCACCCUGAGGCAUCCAUUUGAGGGCAGCAGUCUGCGGCAGCUGGUCAGUAAAAUCUGCAGGGGGCGCUACAACCCGAUACCCAGCCGCUACUCCCACGACCUCCGCCUGCUGCUCACCCAGCUCUUCAAGGUGAACCCUCGGGACCGUCCCUCCGUCACCUCUGUCCUCAGGCGUCCCUUCCUGGAGAAGCACAUCAGCAAACACCUGGAGCCUCAGGUGAUGCAGGAGGAGUUCAGUUACACGGUGCUGCAUCGACACCGAGCCGCAGCGUCUCAGGCUCCUAAAACCAGAGCGGCAGCUGCAGCAGAGAAGAAACUGAAGCUGAGUCCUGCAGAGAGACCUGGAGCGGCUGUGAAGAGACUACCUGUUAAACCAGACUGGAGGGUCCCGCUCAGAGUCUACAGCCCUGCAAACCACAAGCCUGUCCAUCACAGAGCCGCAGACAGAGACGCUGCAGCGCCGCAGAACCACAGGUUUAACGGGCAGCAGCCUGUCGGUCUUUACCAGCACCACUACGCCCAGCUAGACGCCCUGCAGAGGAGGAACAAGGAGGACGCCCUUCCUCCUCCUCCUCCUCCUCCUCAGGAGAGAGAGGUGGAGCGGUGUGAAGACCUCACUGUUGAACCCUACCAGCUUGUGGCUGCAGCUCGUAAUGAAUACCUGCAGAGGAGACACGAGGCCAACCAGUACAAACUGAGAGCAGAGAAACAGCUGGGUCUGCGUCCGUGCACAGCUGAGCGCCACAGGAAGCCCGGCGGGCAGGAGCAGGACGUGGGACAGCCUGGACACACACCUCAGGACAGGAGACAGGAGGGACAGCAGGAGUACCUGCGUCAGCUGGAGCUCAUCAGACUGCAGUAUCAGCAGGAGAUGAGACAGAUGAGACAGAGAGCUGAAGUUCAGCCUCAGCAACAACACAAACACGAGACCUUUGUGGUGGAGAAACCCAGAGAGCCGAGAGCCUCACCUGCACAGGACGUUGAAGCCGCUCUGAGGCACAUCAGAGAGGAGAGCAGAGACCAGACGAGAGCGCCGGAGAGGAAACACAAUGACAAGAAGGGAAUCAUGUUUGAGAUCCGUUUGGAUGAUGGAGGGAUGAAAGAAGAAGCAGAGAAAGAGGCGAGAGGAGAGGAAGAGGAGGAGGAGGAGGUGGACCCUCUGAACCGGACGCUGAGCUUCCUGGAGGGGGAGGAGUUGAAGCUCAGGGAUUGGUCAGAGGUGAGGGGGGGGUGGAGCCAAAGGACUCCUCGAACUCUGCUAGACGCCCUCGCCAACAUGGACGUGAACUCCGUCUACAACACGGCGGUCGAGGCUGAACCAGGUGAGGAGGCGGCACGUCGCCGGCAGUGGGAGGACGAUCCUCCCAACACCCUGCUGAACGCUCUCGCUCAGGCUGAACUCACGUCAUCGACGCUGGACUCAGUGACUGCAGAUGCAGAAGAGGAGGAGGAAAAAGAGGAGAGGAAGGAGGACGAGGACUCUGAUGUGGAGAUGGAUGAGGAGCGUCUGGAGCCGAGGUCAGACGAUGACGACACGAACUUUGAGGAGUCGGAGGACGAGCUGAGGGAGGCGGUGGCAGACUCCAUGAAGAACCUGUUUGUGAUGGAGGACGACAGCUCGGACGAGGCGGAGCGCACAGAGGAGACGGCGGCGGCCGGCGGUGACGGGACAGAGGAGCAGGAGGAGGACGAAGGAGCCGUGGCGAGUGCCGCAGGCUCUCAACACACCCGGCCGGAGGUCAGCGGCGUUUCCUGUGAGGCUGAAGAGCGAGACGGUCAGUCCGAUACUUCAGACGAUAACAACACUUCCAAUAAGCAGCAGCAGACGACAUGAGCGCUCACAUUCAACCUUUUAUUCUGAGACAUUCAGACGGCAGCAACUGUCUUUGUAAAGGAAUAUUUCACCCCAAAACAUUUUGAAUGUACAUUUAAAAUAGCAUUUUAAAUAGCACUCAUCUAUUGCUUAACAAAGCAUUUUCAGAUCAGUGUCCCCCAGAGGAAUUUUGUGUCACGGGGGAAAUGCUUUGUUUGGAAAAAGUUCAGUACAAAAAAGUUUCUGAUCUGAACAGAUACAAGACACUUGAUAAUGCUGCACAGGGACUUUUCAAGCGUUUUUGGACGUUGUAUGGCUGUCUUUAGGCCUCCGUUGAAGACUGUGUGCACUCACAUGCUCUCAUUCUUGAGCCGCUCCUGUAAAAUCCUGUAAAAAAGUGAAGGAUUUUGACUGUCGAACAGCUGAGUGUUUGACAGGCACAGCAUUUCAUCAUGGUGGAUCAGUCAGCUGAUGGUCCGACA